AUGGACCCUAAGAAGCUAGCCAACCAAGGUGACGAACUCUGGAAGCGGUCGGACAAACUCAACGCCGAAUUCUUUGCGCUCAGCUACGGAUCCCUCGUCGUACAACUCGUCAAAGACUACGAGGAUUACUCGCAGGUUAAUCAGCAGCUCGAUAAGAUGGGAUACAACAUAGGAACCAGACUCAUAGAGGAUCUCCUAGCGCGGUCCUCGCUGCCGCGAUGUAGCGACUUUCGCGAGGUGGGCGAGGUGGUUUCGAAGGUAGCCUUCAAGAUGUUCCUGGGCUACUCACCUCACGUCAGCCACAACCCACAAGUGACGAGCGGCUUGCGCGAAUUUACGCUCUCCUUCGACGAGAACGUCCUCGCCGAGUUUGUCGAACUUCCCGAGGACGCUCUCGGCGCACAAGUCAAGCCCGGACCUGCCGCCGCCGGCAGCGAGGCUGGCUCGGUUGGCGGGCUGUGGUACAGCCAGAUCCUCUGUGGGGUCAUCAGAGGCGCACUAGAGAUGGUCGGCAUGGCCGUAGAAGCUAAAUUUGUUUCUGAUGUCCUUCGUGGCGACGACACAACAGAGAUCAAAGUGAGACUGAUCAAAUACUUGGACGAUGAAGUGCCGCAAGGAGAUGAUUGA